UCUUGCUACAUUCAUAGUACACACUCUUCGCUAAUUAAUCACUACUUUCCCAAUUAAUUGCUCCUUAAUCCUUAAUCACCAUGGCCGAUACUCUUCUCCUAACCGCCACUGCCACCCCCACAGCCACCGCCAAGCGUAACCGUCCCGACGAAGAGAACGAAACAAAAAAGAAACUCAUGCAGCCUCUCCACAGCAGCGAUCCCGCCGCGGCAAUCGCAAGCGUCCGUCACGAGUUCGGCGAGCACGGCGGCGUAAACAUGUCGAUCGAACCGUCCGUCACAUUCACCGUGAUGGAACCAGACACGAUGCGCCGCAUGUUCGCCGGCGAGGUAGGACCCGAUCAAGACUUCUACGUCUACAGCCGUCACUUCAAUCCAACCGUCCUCAACCUCAGCCGCCUGAUGGCGGCUCUCGAAGGAACAGAAGCCGCUUACUGCACAUCCAGCGGCAUGUCCGCCAUUUCCGCUGCGCUUCUCCAGUUAGUUAACACCGGAGAUCACGUGGUGGCUUCUUCAACCGUGUACGGUGGAACUCACGCGCUUUUGAAUCAUUUUCUUCCGAGGACGAGCAACAUAACAACCACGUUCGUUGAGAUAUGGGAUAUUGAGAAGGUGGAUGAGGCGAUUGUUGAAGGGAAGACGAAGGUUUUGUACUUUGAAUCGGUUUCGAAUCCGACUUUGACGGUGGCGAAUAUACCGGAGUUGUGUAGAUUGGCGCAUCGGAAAGGUGUGACGGUGGUUGUGGACAAUACGUUUACGCCGAUGGUGAUUUCGCCGGCUCGGCUUGGGGCUGAUGUUGUUGUUCACAGUAUCACGAAAUUUGUGAGUGGUGGGGCUGAUAUCAUAGCAGGUGCUGUUUGUGGAAGUGCAACCUUUGUGAAUUCCAUGAUGGAUCUCCAUCAAGGAGCUAUAAUGCUAUUAGGCCCAACAAUGAACCCCAAAAUAGCAUUUGAAUUAUCAGAAAGAAUCCCUCAUUUGGGCAUAAGGAUGAAAGAACAUAGCAACCGUGCAUUAGUUUUUUCAACAAGACUCAAAAAGCUAGGCCUUAAGGUAAUCUACCCUGGCCUAGAGGAUCAUCCACAUCACGAGUUAUUGAAAUCCAUCCACAACAAAGAAUAUGGCUAUGGUGGACUUAUGUGCAUUGACAUGGAAACCGAAGAGAGAGCUAACAAACUAAUGAGCUAUUUGCAAAACUAUGGUCAAUUUGGUUUCAUGGCUGUGAGUCUGGGUUAUUAUGAGACACUUAUGUCUAUUUCUGGAAGUAGUACUAGCAGUGAACUGAAUUCCGAGGAGAAGGCUCUCGCCGGAAUCUCGCCGGGGCUUGUGAGGAUGUCGAUUGGAUAUAUUGGGACGUUGGAGCAGAAGUGGAGUCAGCUUGAAAAGGCGAUUACGAGACUUCAGGAAUGUGGUUUUGCUAAUAAGAAUUGAAGAAGCUUUUAAGUUAUGGGUGUGUGUUUAUGUUUGUAGUUUGUUAUGUUUGUAUGUAAAUGUUGGUGUUUGUAUGAAGAUGUGUAACCUUGUUCUAAUGUCGUGUGUGCGCGCGCGGUAUGAAUGUCAUUGAAGUAAAUAAAGUUGCUUGUUAAGAUAA